AUGCGCGCGACCCGCCCCACGGCCCGCAUGUCGCUCAAGCGCCCGCUCCCCGCCUCGACUCCUCCUCCCGCUCUCCCUCCCGCCAUCCCCCUCGCCCCGCCCGCCGAGCGCAUCUACCCUCUCGCCGGACCCUCGAAGAAGCCGAAAAAGGGCGAACCGGGCUACGGCGAACCGCAGGAGAAGCGCCUGAGGGUGUUCAAGAAGAGUUGUCCGCUCGCGACGCAGGAACGCGCCGAUAGGGUCUUCCUGCAGAGGUUCUUCUGCGUCGAGAGGAAUAGGACGGGCGAGAUCAGUGAGGAGUUCAAGGUCCUCGGCAGUACGGGCAAUUGCUACACCGUCAAGAUCCAGCAUGAGCCGACGUGCGACUGCCCGGACGGCGCAAAGGGCAACAAGUGCAAGCACCAGCUCUUCGUCCUCCUCAAGAUUCUCCAAGUCCCGCAGUCUUCGAACCUCUGGUACCAAGCCGCCCUCUUGACCUCCGAACUCCGCGCAAUCUUCGCCAACGCCCGACCCGCCCCGCGUACACAACUCGAGGAACGCGUCGCGAAUGUGUAUAAGGUCGCGACGGGCAAGGCCAAGGCCGAAGAGGUGGAGGGAGGGGCGGGCGUGAGGAAGAGGGUCCCGCAGGAGGGGGAUUCGUGUCCGAUUUGCUACGAAGACUUCGAGCCCAACUCGGAGACCGGCCUCGUCUUCUGCCUCUCCCCCUCCGGCUGCGGCAACGCCCUCCACGCCGAAUGCUUCCGCAACUGGGCCAUGACCAGCAAGCCGACCACCUGCCCGCUCUGCCGCGAAGAAUGGAAGGGACCCGAUCCCGCCGCGAAUGCGGGAGCGGGACCGUCGUUCUCGAGGGAGGGGUAUCAGAAUUUCGCGGCGCAGGCGGGGUUGUCGGCUACGAGGGAUACGAGUACCUACUACAACGGUCCCCGCCGCCGCGCAGACGGAGGAUGGGCCCGCUACGACUCGGACUACUACGACGGCAUCCCCGACGCAGACUACGGCCACAACCCGUACAAGAGGUGGAGGAGGUGGUAG